AUGGGAUUUGGCCUGAACGCCAGCACCCAAGCAUGUGUGACGGGCGAGGGAGUGUCGUGGGCCUCCGUGGGCAGCGUGCCCCCCAUUGCCUGUGGCAUUGUGCCGUGGGAUAACAAGAGCAACAUCGACGCCCAUCUCUGCCAGCAAGGAGGCAUGUUUAUGUGUCCCAACACCACCCAGGACCCCCACAAAGAGGCCACCAGCAUGUGGGCAAUGAUGGUGGUAGCCCAGCUGCUGGCUGGCAUCGGGACCGUUCCCAUUCAGCCCUUUGGGAUCUCCUACGUGGACGACUUUGCUUCGGCCAACAAUUCUGCGCUGUACAUUGGUGAGUACCAGGCUUCUGCUGCUAGCAACACCCUGACACAACACCCACACAACACCCUGACACAACACCACAUACCCUGGCUGUGUCUCCGAUACGUGUGGUGGAACAUGCCAGAAGUGGCUGCUCGCUUCUUAUUGACGCCCUCCCUUUCCCGGUGCAGUUGGUCCCUGCUCCCUGACUCGGAUCUGAUUCACGUGGGGGAGAUCUAUAACAAGAGCAACAUCGACGCCCAUCUCUGCCAGCAAGGAGGCAUGUUUAUGUGUCCCAACACCACCCAGGACCCCCACAAAGAGGCCACCAGCAUGUGGGCAAUGAUGGUGGUAGCCCAGCUGCUGGCUGGCAUCGGGACCGUUCCCAUUCAGCCCUUUGGGAUCUCCUACGUGGACGACUUUGCUUCGGCCAACAAUUCUGCGCUGUACAUUGGUAAAGGCCUCACCGCGCCUCGGGAAACCCACUGGCAGUUGCAAGGGCUGGGCCGGAAGAGCAUCCGCCGUGGCACUGGACUUAAGGCCCCUCUCGGCGGGGGGCAGCGCAGCCCCCUCCGGGGACAGAGCCACGCUGUGCGAACGGCCAUUGGAUUGGGACGCCGGGUGACGCUGGCUCCUCGUGUUUCAGAGCUCGUGAAUUUCACCCAACGUGACCCACGCUGGAUCGGCGCCUGGUGGCUGGGACUGCUCAUCUCCUCAGGCUGCCUGCUGCUCACCUCCAUCCCCUACUUCUUCUUCCCGCGGUACAUGAUCAAAGGGCAGGUGACGAGCGCCGAGGCUGACGUGCUGAAGAAGAUGGAGAAGGGGAAGGCUGAAGAAGUCUCCCUGACCGAUUUCAUUAAAAGAUUCCCCCGGAUCUUCUUCAAGCUGCUUCAUAACCCCCUCUUCAUCCUCCUGGUGCUGGCCCAGUGCAGCUUCUCCUCCGUCAUCGCCGGCCUCUCCACCUUCCUCAACAAGUUCCUGGAGAAGCAGUAUGGCACCACCCCGUCCUACGCCAGCCUCCUCAUCGGCGCCGUGAACCUGCCCGCGCUGGGCAUGCUCUUCGGCGGGAUCAUCAUGAAGCGCUUCAGCUUCUCCAUCAAAGCCAUCCCCCGCUUCGCCAUGACGAUGCUCCUCGUCUCCAUCCUCUGCUGCCUCCCCCUCUUCUUCAUGGGCUGCCCCACCCAGACCAUUGCGGGCGUGUACCCGCCCAGUACACCCAGUUCCCAGGCGCCGGCUCCGUGCCCCAGCGCGUGCUCCUGCUCCAAGUACAUCUUUCACCCAGUGUGCGGCGCCGACGGCCUGGAGUACCUCUCCCCCUGCAAGGCAGGCUGCACGGGCUCCGUGCUCAACUCCCCCAGGGCCGGGGAUGUGACCUACGUGAACUGCUCCUGUGUCCACACCAAGAACGGCCCCUCCUCAGCAAAGGCAGGGUCCUGCCUGGUCAGCUGUUCCCACUUGCUGCUUCCGACCGUGUUCGUCAUCUCCUUCGCUGCCAUGAUCGCCUGCCUGUCGCACAACCCCCUCUACAUGAUGGUGUUACGGGUGGUGAACCAGGACGAAAAGUCCUUUGCGAUCGGAGUCCAGUUCUUACUGAUGAGACUCAUAGCCUGGCUGCCUGCUCCCGCUGUCUUCGGGGUCGUCAUCGACUCCACCUCUUCCUGGGGCCCUACAGUGGUCGGCCUGGAGCGCCUGGUCCGUUCUCACUCUGAAACGCUAAACGCCAGGGCUCGGGCGUCGUUAGCUGCUAAAUACAUGUGA